AUGUCCGAUAGUCCAUUAUCAAUUGCUGCUAGUAUCACAGGUUUGCUUACCUUUGUUGCAGCUGUCAUUGCUGCUUUCUAUGCACAUGCUCUCGGUCUUCGUGAUGCCGUUGAUACACAAGCCGAAAUAUCUAGUGCAUUAGAUAAAAUAUGUCUUCUCGAAACGGAGACUGAUAUGUUGAAUAAUGCAUAUUUAGCUUCACUCAUUCGUCAACCAGAUCGAAAAUAUGGUGCUGGCGAUUUCAAGUAUUUUCAGGGACUUUAUGUCCAAUCAUUAGAACGGAUGAGAAUCAUGGACAGAGAUUUAAGGACGAGUGCCGAAUUCGUAACUAAGGGUGAUGGAUAUGGUAGGAUGUCCAGAGUGAAAAGAAAGGCUACUUGGAUGGGAUCAAGAGCUCGUAUCCAAAGAGAUAUCGAUGAGAGGAAAACCGAGAGCAUAAGGAUCUUUCAAAUCCAACUUGCCAUGUUAUCAGCGAAAAUUGAUGAGCUAUCUUAUCAUCAAAACGAUCAUAACGCCACCUGCAAUGUCAUGCUGGCCGAUAUGGGAGACUUGUCAAAUGGCAUGAUGAAACUACCUCUGACACCACCAUCCCCUACACUUUCUACUUCCUUUCUUGAUCGACCAAAGAUCAAUAAUCAUGCAGAGAUUCCAGCUGUGCCAAGUCACUACCACACGCCAUCAAAAACGUCCGAACUAGCUCCACUUAUUUCACUUCCAUUGAGAGUAUAA